AUGUACGCCUGUGGACGCAAAAGAAAUGUUUCACUGAAGGAACAAUUUAAAAUUCUAUUGGCAGACAAGGCCGCCAUUGAUGAUGAGUACCUCAAGGGCUUGUCCCCGAAAAUUGAAUCAUCGUGGAGGAAACUUGCCAAACACUUAGGAUAUGAAGAUGCGGAAAUAGCAGACAUCCAAACCACCAACGAAGGCAGCGCUGAAGGGAGCCGUCACAUGCUACUCACUUGGUGGGAAAAGAUGACAGAUCGCAACGAAGCAGCUCAGAAGCUGAGACGAGCAUUGGAGGCCAUCGGGCUGACUGAUUUGGCCCAAAAUGCACCGGUAACGAGCGAAUCGAGAGACGAAGCAGCUGGACCCGAGCCAGAAAGGCGUGAAGAUGCAGGAGUUGACGAGGAGAGCAAACUAAACAAAGUGGCAUCAACCGAGGAAGAGAAACCGAAAAAGGAACGAGUUUGUGAUCAAGACAAACCUCAGCUAAUCAGUCGCAGAUAUGUGCAGGUCUUCAUCAGAAGUCACUGCUCACAUAGACCGAGGAUAAUGUGCUUGCAAGUGGAUCCAGAAACAUCUGUCUUGCUCUUAAAAGUGAUAAUGAGCGAGAAAAUCGGUGUGCUGCCUCAACAACAGCGUCUGUUCAUCCGAAGAAACUUUCGUAACUUUGAGCUCCAUAACUUGCUGACACUACACGACUGUGGAAUUCAUCAGGACGAGAACAUCUCACUACGUCUGUGUACCGAUGGCCUACUGGGCGGUGGACCAAAAGGCAAAUACCCUGUUGAUGAUCAGUUCUUUCGGGACUUGGCUUCGAAAACUGAAUCAUCCUGGGAACAGUUGGCCAAAUCCCUGGGAUACGGUGAAGACGAAAUCAAGCAAUUCCAAAAAAUCGGCCAAGAAAACAAAGAAAGGAGCCUACAGAUGCUGCUUUCUUGGUGGAGAAAGCAAACAACUUGCGAGCAAGGAUUUCAGAGUUUGAAAGAUGCGUUAAACUCAAUCGGGCAUGUUGAGCUGGCCCUAAUAAUUCCUUCUGAAGAGCAACGGAGGAUGGAACAGGAAGAAGUUGCAGAUAGGGAGAAAAGGGGAGCAUCAUCUGAGGGACGCAGACCAAGACAGGAGGAAACUGCUCAUCGAGAUAAACUUCAACCACAGGUACAAUUGAGAAGAGCUGAAGAACAAAUGGAGAAGAAAGGGACUACAUCAUCUGAGAAUCAGAGAACCAGCCAAGAGGAAGUUACACAUCGAGACAAACACGAACCAUCGAUACUAAUGAGAGGGGCUAAAGAACAGAGCACGAUGAAAGGGACUACAUCUGAGGGACAGCGACCAAGACGAGAUGAAAUUGCUCAUCGAGACGAACCUAAACCAGAGUUACACAUGGGAGGAGCUAAAGAACAGAGCAAGGAGAAAGGGACUUCAUCAUCUGAGGACAAGAGACAGGGACAACAGGAAGCUGCUAAUCGAGACAAACCUCAACCAGAGGUACAAGUGAGAGGGGCUAAAGAACACAGCAGGAAGAGAGGUGCUACAUCAUCUGAGGACAAGAGACCAGAACAAGAGAAAGUUGCUCAUCGAGACGAACCUCAACCAAAGGUACAAGUGAGAGGGGCUAAAGAACAGAGCAGGAAGAGAGGAGCUACAUCAUCUGAGGACCAGAGACCAGAACAAGAGGAAGUUGCUCAUCGAGACGAACCUCAACCAGAGGUACAAGUUAGAGGGGCUAAAGAACACAGCAGGAAGAGAGGAGCUACAUCAUCUGAGGACCAGAGACCAGAACAAGAGGAAGUUACUCAUAGAGACAAAACUCAACCACCAGUACAAAUGGGAGUGGCUAAAAAAAAGAUCAAACAGAAUGAGACUACAUCAUCUGAGGACCAGAGACGGGGACAACAGGAAGCUGUUCAUCGAGACGAACCUCAACCAGAGGUACAAGUGAGAGGGGCUAAAGAACACAGCAGGAGGAAAGGGGCUUCAUCAUCUGAGGGCCACAGACCAGAACAAGAGGAAGUUGCUCAUCGAGACAAACCUCAACCAGAGGUACAAGUGAGAUGGGCUAAAGAACACAGCAGGAAGAGAGGAGCUAUAUCAUCUGAGGACCAGAGACCAGAACAAGAGGAAGUUGCUCAUCGAGACGAACCUCAACCAAAGGUACAAGUGAGAGGGGCUAAAGAACAGAGCAGGAGGAAAGGGGCUUCAUCAUCUGAGGACCAUAGACCAGAACAAGAGGAAGUUGCUCAUCGAGACGAACCUAAACCACCGGUACAAGUAGGAGUGACUGGGAUAGAAAGCAGAUCAGAUUACCCACAACAAAGUGGAGCCAGCAUAGGAAGCAUCGGAGCAAUCAGCGGUAACCAGAACCCUGUCAUUGUUGGUUCAAGUCGAGUUAAUAUCACUUACAACUCGCCAUUGGAAGGACCAGCCGAGGUGGGAAGAGCGCAAUCCAGUCCGAGUGAUGCUGCAGCUGAUCAGUGCAGGAGUGAAUUAAAAGACCGGUAUACUACCACAGGUAGUUACGUUCAGUUAAUACCCUGGGUCGAUGACAACAUGAAACAUAUAAGGGACAUAUAUACAGAGUUGCAAUUAGAAAAGGGUGACCAGGAUGACAUACAGGGCGAUGUUGGGGAGUAUGGGGACAUUUUCCUCGUUAAAACUACAGACGGGAAUGUGAUUAAACGCGCCAUUUUGUGUGGGUCAGCUGGGAUGGGGAAGUCAACCAUUAUUGACAAAAUGGCAUACGACUGGGCUACAGGUGUUGCACUCGGACAGUUUUCACUUUUGUUUGUCUUGAAAAUGUCCGCUCUCGAUCAAACGUCGGAUCUUGUUGAGUCAGUGUUUUCUCAACUUUUAGCGGAUGAUACAGUAGUAUUUAAGGGUGGUUUGGAAGCAUUCAUUAAAGACAAUGGUAGUAGUGUGCUUAUUCUCAUAGAUGGUUUUGAUGAAUUCAGGACAACAAACCUCGAACCAGAGAAAUUUGGUUCCAUUUUAAGAAUGCUCAAUCGCAAAUUUGGCAAAAAAUGUUUUGUAGUUGUAACAACACGCCCCUCUCACUUGGCUAAAUUGAAAAGCAAAUCACUCAUUGAGAAACCUUUCACCCAUGUGAAGGUUUUGGGAUUUAAGAUGGAAGAUAUUGGGCAGUAUGUGAGAAAGUUUUUCCCUGCUAAGCUUGAUGAGGCUGAGGGACUUCUUAAUAGGAUUCAGUCAUCGGAUGUCCUGUCUGAUUUAGCAAGGAGUCCCAUGCUGCUCCUGCUAAUGUGUGGACUAUGGGAGGAAAAGGCAACACUACCUGAUACUCUAUCAAGAUUGUUCAGUGAGGCAAUUAGAUACAUAUUUCGAAGAAAAAUUCAUAAAUUAUCAGAAGAAGCAAUAUUGGAAGCAGUGAUUUCAAUCGACAUAACGUUAAGUGGUAACGACUGCGUGAACUCGUUCGUGUGGUUGCUGCAGCAUGUUGCCGAGCAGACAGAGCCCUCAGGAGUAGAUUACUUUGCUAAAGCAGAAGCUGUCACAUCGCGCCGGGGCGCCACAUGCCAGCCUCUUGAUUGGCAGGUGUCAAAGCCCGCGCGUGUUAUUCAUGGUGACGGGCCCCCUACACCUCCCCACCGUCUGGGCUCGAACAGACGAGGGUGGCCACGCAGUGAGGAUAAACCCGUUCGCGCGAGUUGUGUGUGGCGCAUGUGGUGGGGGCUCGGUAACAACACGCAGGGGAAAGUGGAGUGCUUAGUCACGUGGUCUGUGUGUGUUUUGCCUUCGCUCUUCCAUCUUAUUGCUGGGGAGAAACAUCUCGAUGGUUUUGCUCAAUGGAAACAGACGGCUCCAAGUGCGGCUUCCGAUAAGUCAAGCUGUGAUAGGAAUGGGGCUAAACUGACGCCCCGGCUAAAGCCUGUCUGGGACAAGACGUGGAAGGAACACGUAGACGACAUGUAG